CACAACCAUGCCUUCAUCCGUGUUGCCUAACUCGGGCUCGGCUGCCAUUCUCAACAGCUUGAGGAUUUCUGCUCGGAGCUUAGACAAGUCCAGCUCCCUGUCUGACGUCUCUCAGGCACCGGUCGGGUUUGCUGACGCCGUGAAUGACACGUUGCUCACUGGAUUGUCUACCAUGACCACCUCAGGUCCUGAGAGCAGCAGCGGCCCGGUGCAGUACACGCCCCUGCAAGUGUGCGUGGCUGUCGCCUUCAUGGUCGGAGUGUGGCAAAUUCUCUUCGGUCUCCUGCACCUGGGUGACAUGUGCGUGUUGCUCUCUGACAUGCUCAUCUCAGGCUUCACUACGGGAGCCGCUGUACACGUCCUGUCGUCCCAACUCAAACACAUCUUCGGCCUCCCAGUCCCCCGCUACAGCUUAUUUGCUUACUGA